ACCACCAUGGCUAUGGUGAUCUUAACAACCCUUUUGGCCAUACUCUUGACUCUGCUAUUUAAACUUGUCUAUGACAACCUCUCAUGUUACUUGUUCACUCCACUACGCAUCAAGAAGAUCAUGGAGAUGCAAGGUGUGCGUGGCCCAAAACCUCGGUUCUUCACUGGUAACAUCUUAGACAUAGCUUCCCUUGUCUCAAAAGCAACUUCCCAAGAAAUGAAAACCAUAAGCCAUGACAUUGUUGGUCGUCUUAUGCCACAUUUUCUUGUCUGGUCCAGUCAAUACGGAAAGAGGUUUCUAUAUUGGAAUGGUACAGAGCCAAGGUUGUGCCUAGCAGAGACUGAAUUGAUCAAAGAGUUUCUUUCAAAAUACAGUAUGGUAUCUGGGAAAUCAUGGCAGCAAAGACAAGGUUCAAAACAUUUCAUUGGUCAAGGACUUUUGAUGGCAAAUGGUGGAGAUUGGUACCACCAACGUCACAUCGUUGCCCCUGCAUUCAUGGGAGACAGACUUAAGAGCUAUGCUGGGAAUAUGGUUGAAUGCACUAAGGAGAUGCUUCAAUCACUACAAAAUGCGUUGGAGUGUGGCCAAACUGAGGUUGAGAUUGGGCAGUAUAUGACUAAACUCGCUGCAGAUAUUGUUGCUAGAACUGAGUUUGGUACAAGCUAUCAAAAGGGAAAGAAAAUAUUCCAUCUCCUCACACUGCUUCAGAGUCGUUGUGCACAAGCAAGUCGUCAUCUUUGCUUUCCUGGAAGCAGGUUUUUUCCAAGCAAGUAUAACAGAGAGAUAAAGUCUUUAAAGAUAGAGGUGGAGACUCUGUUGAUGGAGAUAAUACAAAGCAGGAAAGAUUGUGUGGAGAUUGGUAGAAGUAAUUCAUAUGGGAAUGAUUUGUUGGGUAUGCUACUGAAUGAGAUGGAGAAGAAAAAAGGGAAUGGAAAUAGCUUAAAUCUGCAAUUAGUGAUGGAUGAAUGCAAAACAUUUUUCUUUACUGGACAUGAAACCACAGCCUUAUUACUCACUUGGACAGUUAUGUUAUUAGCCACUAAUCCUUCUUGGCAACACAAAGUCAGGGCUGAGGUCAAAAGGGUCUGCAAUGGGGGAAUUCCCUCUGUGGAUCAACUCUCCAAGCUCACUCUUUUGCAUAUGGUAAUCAACGAGUCAAUGAGGCUGUAUCCCCCAGCAUCUGUGCUUCCUAGAAUGGCCUUUGAAGACAUAGUAUUGGGUGACCUUUAUAUCCCUGAAGGGUUAUCAAUUUGGAUACCUGUGCUGGCUAUUCAUCAUAGUGAAAAACUAUGGGGUAAAGAUGCAAAUGAGUUCAACCCAGAGAGGUUUACUUCAAAGUCAUUUAUUCCUGGCCGUUUUUUACCAUUUGCUUUGGGCCCAAGAAAUUGUGUUGGACAAGCAUUUGCCUUAAUGGAAGCUAAGAUUAUAUUAGCCAUGUUGAUUUCUAAGUUUAGCUUCACCAUUUCUGAGAAUUACCGUCAUGCCCCUGUGGUUGUACUCACAAUUAAGCCCAAGCAUGGGGUUCAAGUUUGUUUGAAGCCCUUGGAGCCAUGAGUAGGAGCGCACUUUCAGUAUCACGGUAAUACUAAAUUAAGUAUUAUUUUUGUAAUUUACAUUAUGUACUACCUGGAGUAUAUAAUGUAAAUUAUAAAAGUUACUUUUUUUCUCUCUCUACAAAAGCAGCUGACGUGGCGCACUUUCAGUACCACGGUGAUACUAAAUUAAGUGUUAUUUUUGUAAUUUACAUUAUGUACUACCUGUAGUAUAUAAUGUAAAUUAUAAAAGUUACUUUUUUUUCUCUCUCCAGUACAAAAGCAGCUGACGUGGCGCACUUCUAUUGACUAAUCACACCUACACCGGUUGUAUUCUGGAUUUUUCACAUGAGUGGGUCAUUGUCAAAUAUGGAGAUUUGAGAGUUUGAGAAAGUUUUUGUCUUUUAUGACGCGGAGAGCGAGUUGUAAGUUGUGAUCAUCUUGAUCUUGAUGAGCAUAUUUUAGUAAUUUUUUAUUUCAUUUUCAACUUUUUUACAAU